AGUGGAGAGAGAGAGAGUUGGGGGAGGGAGAGAGAGAUUGUCGCAUCUCAACCCUUUGAGCUGUAGUUGCUGUAGCUCUCGUUUGCUUGAUUAAAAGGAAGCCAAGUGCAGCAAUAUACAAAGUGUGACGUGCACCAAGAAAGGCCUAGAGAUCCCUCAAACUCAAGCUCAAGCUCAAGCUCUUUUCCCUUCCUCCUUCCCUGUAUCUCUCUCUCUCCACCCUUUUUUCUACCUCUAAAGAGACUUCUGGCUUUGGUUCUGAAAUGGGAUUCCCCAUGGGCUACUCUGAGCUCCCAAAGCUCUUCCUCCAACUGCUCUACCUCCUGGGCCACCUGAGGCACCUCAUCUCCUGGGCCUUCAACUCCCUCGGCCUCGACGGCCUCGACUCCGAAGCCCAACGGCCAGAAACCACCCACCACCACCUACAGUCCAAUUCAGUGGCGGCGGAGCUGAUCCAAAAGAUCCUGCCGGUGCAACGGUUCGAUGACUUGCUUCUAAAUCAAGGUGGCAGCCGGCGAUUGCCGGAGAGUUGCGCGGUAUGCCUCUGUGAGUUCGAGGGGGAUGCGGAGGUGCGGCGGCUGAGCAACUGCCGGCACGUCUUCCACCGGUGCUGCCUAGACCGCUGGGCGGAGCACGACCAGUGCACCUGCCCCCUUUGCCGGGCUCCGCUUGUCGCCGAGGAGUUUCUGGAUGAAUUCGGCAAUUGAAAUGACGACUUCCCCACUGAGUACUCCUCCUUUUCCCCGCUGCCGGCGCCUGUACUUGUUCCUCUUCAAUAUUCUUCCGCAUAGUAGUAGUUUAAGUGAAAGAAGAGAAUGAAGGAAUGGACUAGCAGUGUAUAUAAUAGAAGAAAGUAGUGAAAAUCCAAAGGAGAAAGCAGUUAGAGAGGAAAAAGGAAGAGACUGGUUGCUUUCCUUUUCCUUCUCUUAUUCUUUUUCCUCUCUACAUGGACUACUGGGAAAUGGAUUUGAUUGGAUUGUAUUUGAUUCGGAGAAUUUUGCAUUUAAGAUCUGCUCAGAGUAAUCCGAAAUCCUUGGAGAGGAUGGUCUGGUUUGAUUUGUUGGGGCUCGAAGGGUCUGUUCUCAAUUUGGAAGGUGUGUACUUCCAUGGUUAGACAGAAGAAGGCUGAAAACAGGGAGAAGAGAAGAAAAAGUCAUGGUUUUUUCUUUCUGUUUUUGUAUUCUUGCACUUCUUUCCAUCUUGUUUCCUCACUUGUUCUUAAAAACCUUUCUGUUGACUGCU